CCAGAGCCGGGAGGCCCCGGCCCGCCGCCGCGGCCCGCGGAAGGAGCCGCCGCUGUUGUUGCUGCCGCCGCCGCCGCCAGGCCGCGCCCCGCCCCUGCUGCUGCCGCUCCCCGGUGAGGCUCGCGCUCGACCUGCGGCGCCGGCCCCGCCGCCUGGGCCGCGGGCCCGGCCCCUUCCGCGCCGCCCGGGCGAUGAGAAGCUGCUUCUGCGUGAGACGGAGCCGGGACCCGCCGCCGCCGCAGCCGCCGCCACCGCCGCCCCAGCGGGGAACAAAGCUGAGAGUGUGGCUGCUGCCCGGCACUUCCUAGCCUUGAUCUGAGACUUGGCUCCGUUGCCCUGACAAGUCUGUUUCUGGAGCCUUUCGUGGGUUCCAGGGGACGCUGAUUACACGGAGCAAUCCGCCAUGCCUGAAGUCAAAGACCUUUCAGAAGCCUUGCCAGAGACGUCAAUGGAUCCCAUCACGGGAGUGGGGGUGGUGGCUUCUCGGAACCGAGCCCCGACAGGCUACGACGUAGUUGCACAGACAGCAGAUGGUGUGGAUGCUGACCUCUGGAAAGACGGCUUAUUUAAAUCCAAGGUUACCAGAUACCUAUGCUUCACAAGAUCAUUUUCCAAAGAAAAUAGCCAUUUAGGGAACGUGUUAGUGGACAUGAAGCUCAUCGACAUCAAGGACACUCUGCCUGUCGGCUUCAUCCCGAUUCAGGAGACAGUGGACACACAGGAAGUGGCUUUUAGGAAGAAGAGGCUGUGCAUUAAAUUCAUCCCACGGGAUUCAACCGAAGCUGCCAUUUGUGACAUUCGGAUCAUGGGCCGGACCAAGCAGGCCCCUCCUCAGUACACGUUCAUUGGGGAGUUGAACAGCAUGGGGAUCUGGUAUCGAAUGGGCAGAGUACCAAGAAAUCAUGACUCAUCUCAACCCACGACGCCUUCUCAGUCAUCAGCUGCUUCCACCCCAGCCCCCAACCUUCCCAGGCACAUCUCCCUCACGCUCCCCGCUACCUUCCGAGGCAGGAACAGCGCUCGGGCUGACUACGAGUACCAGCACUCCAGUCUGUAUGCCAUCUCAGCAAUGGAUGGUGUGCCGUUUAUGAUUUCAGAGAAGUUUUCUUGCGUUCCAGAAAGUAUGCAGCCCUUUGAUCUCUUGGGAAUCACCAUCAAAUCUCUGGCAGAAAUUGAAAAAGAGUACGAGUACAGCUUCCGCACGGAGCAGAGCGCCGCCGCCCGGCUCCCGCCCAGCCCCACCCGGUGCCAGCAGAUCCCCCAGUCCUGAGGGGCCGCCUGCGGGGAGAAGAUGCAUUGCCCAGACUACUGAGCGCCCCCUUGCCCGGUCCCUCCCGCCGCCCAUCCACACUGCCCCGCUUGGCGCUUCUGGGAGACUCUGGGCAGCUGAGCUGUUACCUCCUCGGUCAUCGGCGUGCCUGACGUGACACCCCGCUCCCCUGGGGAUGCUGUUCAUAAUCUCGACUAAUCUGUGUGUGCUGUAGUGACCAGUGGCUCCUACCAUGUCUGUGUGAUGACCAGUUGUCCUGCGAACAACCCUACCCACCACGGGAGUCACCCCGAGGGCCCUGGACAGUUGUUCUGGCCGCCCAGUGACGCCACCGGCUCCCUGCUCUCCGGACUGUCGCCACCACUAAGCCGCUGCUUCCUCCCAGAAGACCCUGAGGGGCUGGCGGCUUCGCACAGGGCCCUCCAGGGCUGGCGGACCGCCCCAGAUCCAUGGGACACAUCGCUCAUGCCAACGGCAUCAAGUGCCCGAGAAUUUCACAGGGACCCUAAGGAAACAUGGGAGGAGGACGCCAGUGGGUCCCCACGUGGACCCGGGCCCGCCUCCCUGCCCGCUGUGGACAACCUCGGACUCACCCCUCAAUUCACACACUGGAUGCCCUGAGGUCGGGGACAGCCAUCCCCCAGCCACUGGCCCAGAGAGGACUUGCCUUCCCGGUGAGAUGGCCGUGUGGCCAGGUGCUUGCUUGGAUGUGAGUUUUGCUGCCAGGACGCUGGGCUCACCCACCUCACACCUUCAUCCCCAGAAAGGGCUCAUCUCUGUGGUGCCCACGUGCCAACAACAGCUCCAACUGCCCGGCCCGGUGCUCUGACCGUGACCAGGCCGUGGGUGAAGAGGCUCUGUGAGCCCGUGCCCAGGGACGUGGACACGCGGUCACCCAGCUUCUCAGAGCCAGGCUGUGUCUUGGUGGCCUCUGCUAACAGGAACAGUUGUUUUGAAAAGUCCCUCUGACCCAGGUCACCAAACUGGGGCCAGAACUGACAUUUCUGCCGCGAGUGGCCAGUGGCCUUGCUGGCGUUCCCCACAGUGCCAGCUGGGACUGGGUGCCAGUCCCAUGGGUGCCAUGGGAACGGGGCCGCUGUCCUCCCUGGAGGCUCGGGCCUCACCCUGUGGCUGCCUUGUCUGGCCGUUAGAAUUUGUCCUAACUCCCCAGAACUUGGUAUCUCACAUCUUGGGGGUUACCAGAUGGUUGGCGCUUUGGACGUGAGGUUCGAUGUGUGUCUGGUCGCUGGCGUAGGAAGGCAGCCUAGGAGAGCCACUGCCCAGCCAGGGACAGCCCCUCCUCCCUGCAGUUCCUAGGGUGGCACAGGGCCGGCUGGGGCGCAGCAGGAACUGGCCAGCAGUUAGGAGCCGCUGCCUCUGGCUGAGAAGUGAGGCCGGGGCAAAACGUCCCUCACAUACCUGCAUCAGCCCCACCGUCCCCAGGCCCUCCCCUCUUCCCCCACGGCUGCCCCUUGAUCUUCAUUUCGAUACCUCCUGAUUUCUGUGCAUCAGAGAUGUGCUCACCUCUCCCCACUGUCCCCGAGACCUGAGGACAUCCCCGCUGGGGCUGGCCUUCCCGUGUGGCCAGGUGGCAGGAGAAGGCAGUUAGUUGGUGGAACCCGCCAGGGCCCGGGAGGCGCGGGAUGUAAAGUCCCCGCGAGGACCCUUUGGGAUCGGUGCUUACCCAGGACAGAGCCGAUGAACCGGUCUCAAUUGUACCCACUGAAAUGAGCGGGCUGUUUCUGGGGAAUUGGGGGAGCCCCGUGGGGCCCGGAGAACCUGUGUCUGCUGCUGCCGUUAGGACGGGCGGGGCUGGUCCGAAACCGGCAGAGGGGUGACGUCUCCGCUCACCUCUGUCCGGCUGUGUUGGCUCGCGGGCUCUGUCCUUGCACCUCUCCUCACUCCCCAGCUGUGGGAUCAUCUCCAACAGGUAACACCCCACGGCCUUUCUCCCUUGACUGAGAACCAAGCACUUUGGCAGCUCCGAUGGGCCCUAGGAGGUCCAAAGACAGACACGUGGGAUCCCCUGUCAGGGAGCAAGAGGGCAGUGAGGGUGAGGUUGGGGAGAGGAGCCGCCAGCCCCCCCGCCCCAGCCCUGGGCCAUCCUGCAGUUCUGGGACAGGCAGAGCAAGGCAGGGCUGCAAGGCCUCCGGGAAGAGGACAAACCUCUGUGGACUCAGGCGAGCUGGAGAGGCCUCCACAACGUUCCAGACUUGGUCUGGGUCUAACAGUGACUGUGAACGUCGCCAUGACGGCAGCUUAAGACAAUGAAGCAGUGACAGUGUUAAGGAGAAGUUGGCGUCCCUGGUAGAUUUUAGGCUGCUCCAGACUCUGCAUCUUUCCUUCUGAGGUGGGUGCCCACGCGCCCCGCCUGCCCCGUGUGGACAUGGAGCUCGCUCACCUCGGGACCGAGCCACCUCUGUUUCUUUCUGGGACGGUGCUUUUUUUCACAAACCCUCUGGCCACGUGGGGAGGGGAGGCAGGGGCUCUCUCGGAGGCGUGAAGGGCAGCAGCCUCCACCCUCCCCGGAAGGACUGACCAGAGCACAGCGCCCCCUGCUGCCUUCUCUUUCCCCCGAACGUUCCAAGUCUCUCUCCAAAGGCCUUGGAAACAGCACAACGGUGAUACGGAGCAAGCAGUUGACUCCAAGUUCACCUGCAAAUUUAUAACAAGGCUUUUUCCACCCAAGUCCGGGAACGGAUACCAGCCACAGCCUCCACUCGGAGGGAUGAGCACCCCGGUGGCAGGGAGAACUAGCGGGUUAGGCCCCCGCCCUAGCUCCCCAGAGGGCCACCACCUGCCCCCGUGUCCUUCAGGAGGCGGCGGGGGACGAGGAGGACCAACACGUACAAAGCACCUACUCCUUGCCAGGCGCUAGGCUGGCACUUGAAGCACAUUUUCUCCUGUCACCACCCCUCCGCCCCAAAAAAACAAAUACUCCGAAGCGUAUGCUGUUUGCUCCUGGUUCCAGAUGAAGAAGCUGAGACAUGUCCGCAGGCGCAAAGCUGGUAAGCGGCAGAGGCAGGAUCUGGCCCCAGAGUCCCCGGUGCCAGCUGUCCCAUCACGAGCACCUGCCUCCAGUCCAGUAAUGGGUUCCCAGCUGUCACCGGCCCUGCUGGUGUGACAGCGUCUCGCCGAGCACGGGGCGAGAGCUGGGUGCAGUACCGGGGCUGCGGGCUGCCCAUCACCGUUUACAGGGGUCCCAGCCCGCAGCUCCCCUGAGAGCUGGUGAGCCCAAGGGUGAGGACACAGAGAGGCCUUGACGGCAGCCCCGUGCCUGCCGGGCUCACAAAAGCCGAGCUCGCCUCCCCAGGGCCUGGAGGGGCCGGGUGCCCACUCUCACCACGCCCCCGGGGUGGCCAGCUUUCUUCACCUGUUGCGACCGUGCUGGCGGGGCCUGUCACCACCAGGAGACAGGCCUCAGGCAGGUGGCUAUGUCACUAGCUUAGGAACAAUGUCCUACCGCGUGUAUUUAUUUGAGGUGACUCUAGUACUUGGCAAAGGGAAGUUUCACUGUGUGAUUGUCUUCUUAAUAUAAUUUGUUAAAUAAACGUUUGUUUUAACCUUU